CACCUGUCCAACCCAAUCCAAGCCUUCCACAAUUUUAAAAAAAUUUUAUUAUACUGAAUAUUAAUCAUUUCAAAAUUGAUUAAUUCCUCAAAAAAAGACCCGAAAAAAAAGAAAAAAAAGUAACAUAUUAACAAAGCAUGGCUGGCAACUCUGCUAAUCCAUUCCAGUUCAAUUUAAGAAACAAAAGCGAGGUAAACUAGACAGAAGAUAAGAGCUUAGCCAAAAUUGUCCCAAGGGAAAAAGAAAAAGUAACCAUGAAUCCACCCACUGUUGGUAAGAUUUCAGAGUGUUUUAUUAAACCCGAUUGUGUAACAGAAGAGUCAAAGCAGCCCUUCUACUUGACAGCAUGGGAUCUUACCCAGCUCUCUGUACAUUACAUCCAAAAAGGUCUUCUGUUUGCUAAGCCUCCUGAAGCACAACACAAUGAGAACUUUGUGGCAGGUCUGCUGGAGGGGCUCAAGGAAAGCCUUUCUCUUGCCCUGCUCCAUUUCUACCCACUUGCAGGACGGUUUUCCACUGUUAAAUCUGAAAACCCUGCUUCUUACUGGGUUUUUGUGGACUGCAACAGCAGCCCUGGUGCCAAAUUUAUCUAUGCAGUAGCUCUGGACAUCACCGUAAAUGACAUCCUCUCGCCGGUCGACGUGCCUUUGGUUGUUCAAUCAUUUUUUGACCAUCACAAAGCCGUCAACCAUGACGGCCACACCAUGAGUCUGCUUUCCAUCCAGGUUACGGAGUUAAAGGAUGGCGUCUUCAUUGGGUGUUCUAUGAACCAUGCCAUUGGUGAUGGAACAACUUAUUGGAAUUUCUUCAAUACGUGGUCCGAGAUUUUCCAAAAAAUACAGAGAAACUCUGAUAACUCCAUCUCACGCCCACCGGUUCUCGAACGCUGGUGUCUUCCUGGUCAUGGCCCCAUUAUCAACCUUCCUUUCACUCAUCAUGACGAGUUCAUCAGCAGAUUCGUGUCUCCCCAACUCAGAGAGAGAUUCUUUCACUUCUCAUCGGAAUCGGUGGCCAAACUGAAAGCAAAAGCCAAUGCAGAGUACAAUAACACUAAAAAAAUCUCAUCUUUCCAAUCGUUGACUGCACUUGUGUGGAGGUCCAUAACACGGGUUCGUCGUCUACAACCAAAUCAAACAACCAGUUGCUGGUUGGCAAUCGAUUGCAGAUCGAGAAUAAGCCCACCAUUGUCUCGGGAUUAUUUUGGAAACUCGGUUUCUAAAGUAAGAGGAGUUGCCACUGCAGGUAAUUUGCUGGAGCAGGGUCUGGGUUGGGCAGCAUGGCAAUUGAACCAAGCGGUGGUUGGCUACAAUGAAGAGUUGGUGAAGGCGGGGCUGAAUUCUUGGUUGCAGUCUCCGGCUAUAUACCAAACUGCUAAGACUUUCGAUCAAUUUUGUAUGGUGAUGGGAAGCUCACCAAGAUUCGACAAGUAUGGAAAUGAAUUUGGGAUGGGAAAAGCUUUGGCUCUUCGCAGUGGCUAUGCAAACAAGUUUAGUGGGAAAGUGACUUCCUAUCCGGGACGUCAAGGAGGAGGAAGCAUUGAUUUGGAGAUUUGCCUUCCCCCACAUCUAAUGACUGCUCUUGAAUCUGACAAGGAGUUCAUGGAAGCUGCUGCCUCUUCUGGUUCAACGAAUCAGUUGGACUAAUUAAAUAGCUUAUUGUAAGUACUUAAAAUUGAUGAAGAAUUCAGUGUCUGAAAUGGGUAUAAAACGUUUGCUGAAGGUGUUUGGCUGUGAAAUUAUAUAUUCUCUUGGUCUGAUCUAUUUUUUUGAUAUAUAUAUAUAUAUAUAUAUAUGGUUUGUGAAA